GAGAUGUGCGCGUCACAGCAUCGGCGGACGGGCUAUAGGGGACGAUGUUGCCCCGCCCUGCUCCUUCUCCUCCCUUUCUUCCUCCUCUCCUCCCCACCUCCGUUUGCUCAGGGAGCCAUUCAGAUUCCAGAAGGCUAUAAAAUUCACAACAUGUCACAGCCUCCGGUUCUCACAGAAAUGCCAUCGUCGUUCACGGCGUUUUCUGCGGAAGACCUGAUUCUGCCCUGUGAGGCUACAGGAAACCCAACACCGAUUUUCCGGUGGGUGAAGGAUGGCGCAGAGUUUGGCGAGGAGCUUCAAGGAUCAGGGACUUUUAAAGCUGAAAAGGAAAGCGUGCUGGACUUUUACGAAGGAGUAUAUCGCUGCUAUGCCUCCAACAUCCUGGGAACAGCCAUGACAGACGUCGUACGAGUCAUCGUGGAGCCUCAGCCUGUUCUUCUGAAGCAACAAAAGAUACACAAGAGAGCGUUUGAAGGCGAGAGCAUUGUUCUGACCUGUAACCCCCCAGAGAGCUCCACGCCGCCAAACAUCCACUGGAUGGACAUCAGCAUGGUUCAUAUCGAGCAGAACGAGAGAGUUUUGGUCGGCCUGGAUGGAAACCUCUUCUUUGCAAAUCUCCUGAAGAGUGAUAGCAAACAAGAUUAUAUCUGCAAUGCUCAGUACGUGGCAGCCCGAACCAUUCUCCCGGAGGCUGCUAUCGCGCUCACCGUCCAGCCCAGUAAUGAUGUCAACCGUAGCAGAAAGCCACUUUUUCUCAGUCCCAGUGGGACUCACUCAAUGGUGCACGCCCUCAGAGGUCAAACUGUCACCCUCGAGUGUAUCCCCAAAGGCCUUCCCACUCCGGAGGUAGAGUGGAAGAAAUCGGACGGCAGUCUCCAGGAGACAGGAGGCGAUGUGAAAAAAUGGGGGCGCUGGCUAACGGCGCCUUAUUGGGUGAAGGAGCCUCAGAACUUGAUGUACUCUCCUGGUGAAACAGUCAGACUGGAGUGUCAGGCAGAAGGAAUCCCUACACCGGCCAUUACCUGGAGCAUCAACGGCCAGCCAAUCACAGAUGUUGACGAAGACGCCCGUCGCUCCGUCUCUGGAGGCGUUCUCAAACUGCGGGACGUCGUGUUUGCGGACACGGCCGUUUAUCAGUGUGAAGCCACGAACAAACAUGGAACGGCGCUCAGGAACACGUUCCUCUACGUCAUCGAGCUUCCUCCUCAGAUCCUGUCCUCUGACGCAGUCGUCUACAAAGUUGCAGAAGGCAAAGACGUAAAGAUGCACUGUGAAUCCUUUGGAUCUCCACGACCUCAUGUUGCAUGGGAGGUGGGAGAUGGCUCCUUUCCUCUUCUGUCAGACCUUCGGGUUUCUCUGCUGACCAACGGUACCAUCGAGCUGUUAAAUGUCAAUCAUGAGGACAGCGGGACGUACACCUGCUCCAUUAAACACACCAAUAUGUCCAUCACUGCUCACUUGGAAGUUUUCAAUCGAACGCUCAUACUGACUCCACCUCAAGAAGUACGUUGUCCCAGAGAGAGCAGCGCCCUGCUGGACUGUCACUUCUACAAAGACCCUCGGCUGCAGCACCAGGUGGUUUGGAAAAUGAACGGAUUCAAGCUGCUGUCACUUCAGACAAAGACCGGGCACAUGCAUGGACACGCACUGAAAUACAAUGUUUUCCCCAAUGGAACUUUGAAAGUGGAAAACGUCCAAUCAGAGGACACAGGAGUUUAUUCCUGUGAGGUCAUCACUGACCUGGACAACGCUCAAGCCAGUGGCUUUAUCACUGUUGUGGCUCCACCAGACCCCCCUAAGGACCUGUCUCUGUAUGACCUGGAAGACGACAGUCUCACACUCAGCUGGAUUCCAGGACAGUCCCACAACAGCCCGAUCCUAGAGUUCAUCGUGGAGGCCCGGGAGGAGCAGCACACCGAGGAGGGUAAGUGGAGGUGGGAGGAGUGGAAGCGGGUUCCCGGUGACGUCAAUCACUCGAAACUCAAGCUCCGCCCCUUCUGCACGUAUCGAUUCCGCAUCGUCGCCGUCAACGAGAUCGGCCGUAGCAAGCCUAGCAGGGAAUCAGACUUCCACGCCACACCUCCUGCUGUCCCAGACAUGAACCCCACUGGUGUUCGUAGUGACUCGAAGGAACCAAAGGCAUUAAUCAUCACCUGGGAUGAGAUGGACAAACACUUUCACAACGGCCAGGAUUUCCAGUACAAGGUGUCAUGGCGUCAGGCCGGGGGGCAGGACAGUCGCUGGGAAACCAGAUACGUCACAGGCCCCCCGUUUCUCGUGAACGACACAGGAACAUACACACCCUUUGAGAUCAAAGUGCAGGCUGUCAACUCACUGGGAGAAGGUCCAGAUCCAAUAGUAGAUAUUGGACACUCAGGAGAGGACAAACCUGAAGAGGCACCAGAAGGAGUGCACACCACAGUGAUGAACAGCACAGUCAGGGUAAAGUGGAACGAAGCUCAGAAUGUCCGAGGGAAACUGCUGGGAUACAAGAUCUACCUAAAGAGGUUGGGCCCUCAGACACCAAGAGGUCGCAGGUCACUGGGAAAAUCGCACCACAGUAAGGAACGAGCAGAGAGGGCAGGGCGCGGGUUGGAAACCAUAGAAGAGAGAAGAGUGGUGGUGGUCCAUGGCCACAAGACAUCAGAGGAAGUGUCGGAGCUGCGGCUUUUCUCCCGCUAUGAGCUGUCUGUCACUGCCUUCAACAGCAAAGGGGAGGGGCCACACUCACAACCCCAUCACUUCAGUACACCGGAGGGAGCCCCAGGUCCACCUGCUUCACUGACCUUUGACAGUAAGACAGAAAAAUCCUUAGAUGUGUUCUGGAGCCCCCCACUGGAGACUAAUGGGAUCCUGCUGGGUUACAUGAUUCAGUACCAGCAAGAGGGGAAGAGCAAUGAAAGUCUGAAGAUGGAGUUUAUCAGUGACCCCAAUGUCACGCACCACCCCCUGGGUCCACUCGAACCUGGGAUUCAUUACAGCAUCAGUGUUAUUGCACGGACGGCCUCUGGAGAUGGACCUCCCAUCCAAGGCAGAAGUGCUACGCUGCUUGACGGAGUUCCUCCAACCAACAUCACCGUCAUCCAGGGAAGCACGUUCCUUAACCUGAGCUGGGUUCCAGGAGAUCGGCACCGGAACCUUGGCUUCCACAUCCAGUUCCUUAGGAAGAGUGCGGGAGGAGAAUGGAAGGAGACAGAGCAGCUCAACUCCACUCAGGGUUACUUUUCACUGACUGGCCUCCAGCCAGGUACUGAGUAUCACUUGAGGAUCCUAAACGGGAACGACACUCAGUGGGAGGAGGUGGCCCAGACUGAUGGACCAGUUCCAUCUGAAAUAACGGAUGGAUUUGCCACUCGAGGCUGGUUGAUUGGACUCAUCAGUGCCAUUUUGCUGCUGCUUCUGAUACUGCUGAUCCUCUGUCUGAUCAAACGCAGCAGGGGCGGCAAGUAUGCAGUGAAAGACAAAGAAGACAAAGAAGUGGACUCUGAAGCUCGACCAAUGAAAGAUGAGACCUUCGGAGAGUACAGAUCACUAGAAAGCGAUGGAGAUGAGAAACACUCUGACAGCCAGCCGUCUCUUUGUGGUGAAAGUAAACUGGGUAGUGAUGACUCCCUGGCUGAAUACGGUGACAGUGUGGAUAUCCAGUUCAAUGAGGAUGGAUCCUUCAUCGGCCAGUACAGUGGGCGCGGUCCAGUUCCACAUGGCCACGAGAGUUCAGGUCCUGCCUCCCCUGUCACAGCGGUUCCACCGCCUCCCAUCGCCCCGUCCAUGUCAAGUGUCCUGAAUCGGCCAAGCUAGACUAAAACACACACACAUACACACAGAGAUAUGCAGACAGACAGACACACACAACAGUGAAGAGAAGAAUUUUACUCACAUUUCCUCUGUUUACACACAUUAAACACAUGCAUACACACACAUAACGUGAGGCCUAUGGAAACCAGGGGGUGGGUCCUCUGUAGCAAAAACCCAAUAGGACCCUCUGAUGGAGAGAAGGAGGCAGAGAAUGUAACGAGCUUUCUUCUCUGAAUGUAAAUAAAAUCUAAAGAUUGUCUUUUUUUUCUUUUUUUUGCUUGUUUUUUUUAAGAUGAUCAAAUGUACGUUUGCUCUGAUUUUUUAUAUGACAGCACUGCUGUAAAAGCGCUGUAGCUUUUGUAUCAUAACCUCGCCAAACCAUUUUUUCUUUUAUUUCUCGUUGUGUCAGUUAGAACCCAAAUUAGAACUGUAGAAAGAAAAAUCAACACCCGCUGCCCUUCGUCCUAGUUCUCUUCUAGCUCUUAGUGAAGCAGCAGAAGGCUACGUCAUUAAUGACCACAUGUGUACGCCACAGUGCCUCCUGCUGCACCCACACUGCUGCAAUUUGUUUUCCUUGGAACAACUGUGGGUUGUUUUGUUAUAGAACUUUAGUCUGAGCGUGUUCACAACAAACCUGAUGCUAUUUUUAAAUGACACAUUCCAGUGGACUUUUGUAUACUACGAGGAAACACAGCUCCCGACUGAGCAAAUUAGCCGCUAACAUUAGCUCCCAAAGUCAGA